AUGCAACAAGCUCUAUGGAAAGGGCAAAGUCUGGCGGGGUUGGAGAUCCCUCCACCUUCCCCUACAUGGGGGGUGGCGCGGAUAAGAGCCGGCGCAAGGGGAAGCGAGAGACCAUCGCCAAAACCUUAUAGCGAGUCCCCUCGGGGAACAAAAGCCAGUGACUCCCCUGGCUCGAAGUUCCUAAAGCUGCUUGCAUCGCAGAGAUUUUGGCUUGGGGCCAUCACUCUGCUCAGUGUUGUGUUUCUGGGGACACUCUACAGCGACGUCUCCUUUGCAAGGCCCGCAGCCAGUCAGAAGGUCCAAGCAGAUGUGUUUUGGAACCUGCUGAGCCGGUGGCAUGCUGGAAGCUCAAAUGGGGAAUCGGAAGAGGAGAUUGCGGUGCAAGGAAUGCAAGCGCAGCAUGUAGAUCCGUCAGGGCUUGCUGCCAAGGAGGAUGCAGAGAAGGAAGCAGAUGAAGAUCAGCUGGUCAGUGACAGGCGGCUCUCGUCAAAGGCAACUGGAACGCAAAAAGAUGGACAGUUGUUGCAACGGAAACAGGAGGAAUACGACAGCCAAAAAUGGAGAAACUGGCCUGCCGUGGUGACUCCCGGAGCAGACUCGUACAGAACGGCACAGGCUAUGCGGAAUGCGUCCAAGCAGGUGUCGACGAGCCACAAGUGUGCAAACUACACCUGGGAGCAAUCGGCCAGCGACAAGAAGCGGACCGGCUUCCGCCCCUGUGGGGUCUGCUAUCUUCCCCCGGCGGAGGCCCUUGCUGCGAUGCCCCAAUCUCCAAGCCCUGAAGAUUCCAUCAGCGAGCUGCGCUUCAUCGACGAGAGCCACCCGUCAGAGGCGGGCUAUCCCCCCACGUUUGGCGGACAUCCGACGUGGAGUGACCGGGAAGAGAGUUUCCAGGUCCGCGAAGAGAUGGACGUGCACUGUGGCUUCGUAUGGGGCGGGGAUCCGGGCCAGGGCACGGGGUAUGACGUGUCGGAAGAGGACCGCGCGGCCAUGGCGGCCUGCAGGGAGGUCGUUGUGGCGAGCGCAAUCUUUGGCGCGUAUGACGUCUUGCAGCAGCCGAAGAACGUCAGCAAGGAGUCGGAAGCGCACGUGUGCUUUUUCAUGUUCGUGGACGAGCCGACGUUGGAGGACCUGCUGCGCGACGGCUCCAUCCCCAGCCCCGAGGCGCGAAGCGUCGGCCUCUGGCGCGUCGUGGUGGUCAAGAACAUGCCCUUCGCGGACCCGCGCCGGAACGGCAAGGUCCCCAAGCUGCUGCUGCACCGCCUCUUCCCGCGCGCGCGCUACUCGCUCUGGGUGGACGCCAAGCUGCGCCUCAUGAGGGACCCGCUGCAGAUCCUGGAGCGUUUCCUGUGGCGCUCGGGCCACACGUUCGCCAUCAGCAAGCACUACAAGCGCUUCGACGCGUUCAUCGAAGCGGAGGCGAACAAGGCCCAGGGCAAGUACGACAACGCGACAAUCGACGCUCAGGUGGAUCAUUACCGGGAGGACGGAAUGCUGCCCUUCGGACCGGACAAGGCGCCCAUCGAGAGUGACGUGCCGGAGGGCUGCUUCAUCCUGCGCGAGCACACGCCCCUGGUGAACUUGUUUUCGUGCCUGUGGUUCAACGAGGUGGACCGCUUCACGUCGCGGGACCAGAUCAGCUUCGGGUACACGCGCGACAAGAUGUCGACGCCGCUCGUGAUGAACAUGUUCAAGGACUGCGAGCGCAGGGACUGCGUCGAGCAGAUGUACCACAAAGAGCUACUACUCAAGAAGAUUCAGACCGAGAAGCCCGCGGUUCAGAAACAGGUGACACAGGCCCCCAAGGCUAGACCGCUAGAGACGCUCCCGCGGCAGAGGGCGCUUGUGGAAGACGAGUUGAAGCGCAUGGUUAGAGGUGCUGGCAGAAAGACCGACUCGCCCCUUAACAGAAAGCUGGUGAGCGAGAAGAAAAGCACGGUGAAGAAGACGAAGAACCGCCGGGGGCAUCCAUAGCAAUUGAGAGAUCUUCCGAGCCCUGCCCAUGCUAUAUCGUAUUAGGGGCUGCGCACCUAACCAUCCAUCUAUGGCCUAAUCUAAUGCAUUACCUAAAUUGACUGUAUCCCACUGCCAGCUCGCGAACCCACCUAGAUAGUACUGCUAGCAAGGACCAUUACGAUCGAAGCGCGCUGGCUGGCAAACGGCGCAGACGUAGGUUUAGAAAUCUAAGCCCAACGGCGGUGCCCUGUACCGAGGGUCGUCACACCUGACAGCCGGUCGGCGGCCCAAAGAGUAUUGUAGCGUUCAACCAGACUGUACUAAU